AUGGCGUCGCUAUCCGAAAGCGAGGGGACGAACAGGGGGGGCAUGUGGGAGCUGGAUCAGAACCUUGAUCAGCCCAUGGAUGAGGAAGCCACCAGACUCAAGAAAUUCUCAUCAGUUUUGAUGCUGCGGCUUGCAUUUCAGAGCCUUGGGGUGGUCUUUGGUGACUUGGGCACAUCACCGCUCUAUGUGUUCUAUAAUGCCUUUCCUCACGGAGUAUACGACGACGAAGAUGUUAUUGGAGCUCUUUCCCUGAUCAUUUACACCCUUACUCUCAUCCCUCUUCUGAAGUAUGUUUUUGUUGUCUUGAGGGCAAAUGACAAUGGUCAAGGUGGUACACUUGCUCUAUAUUCACUACUCUGCCGUCAUGCAAAGAUCAGCACUAUACCCAACCAACACAAGACUGAUGAGGACCUAACGACAUAUAGUCGGCAAACUUAUGAGGAGAACUCAUUGGCAGCGAAAAUAAAGAGAUGGCUAGAAACACGCGCAUAUAAAAGAAACUGUCUUCUUAUUCUUGUUCUCCUUGGUACUUGUACAGCUAUUGGAGAUGGAAUCCUUACUCCUGCUAUAUCAGUUCUUUCUGCAUCAGGUGGUAUAAAAGUUCAAAAUCCAAACAUGAGUACUGAUAUUGUUGUACUUGUUGCCGUGAUCAUCUUGAUUGGAGUAUUCAGCAUGCAACACUUUGGUACAGACAAAGUUGGAUGGCUAUUCGCACCUAUAGUGCUCAUCUGGUUCAUUUUAAUUGGAAGUGUCGGAGCACUGAACAUACACAAGUAUGGUAGCUCUGUAUUAAGAGCAUACAAUCCAGUCUAUAUAUACCGUUAUUUCCGAAGGCGGGGAAAUUCUUCUAACACCUGGACCGUUCUUGGAGGAAUCAUGCUUAGCAUCACAGGAACUGAAGCGUUAUUUGCAGAUCUAUGUCAUUUCCCUGUGUUGGCCAUUCAGAUUGCAUUCACCUUCAUUGUAUUCCCAUGCCUUCUUCUGGCAUACACAGGGCAAGCAGCUUAUAUAAUUUCCAACAAGAAACAUGUGAAUGACGCCUUCUAUCGCUCCAUUCCAGAUGCCAUAUACUGGCCAGCCUUUGUUAUAGCAACUGCUGCAGCAAUAAUUGCAAGUCAAGCCACCAUAUCUGCAACCUACUCGAUAAUAAAGCAGGCUCUUGCAUUAGGAUGUUUCCCCCGCGUGAAGGUAGUCCACACCUCGAAGAAAUUUCUCGGGCAGAUUUAUAUCCCUGACAUCAACUGGCUCCUCCUUAUUCUUUGUAUUGCUGUGACUGCUGGAUUCAAGAACCAGAGCCAGAUAGGAAAUGCAUACGGCACUGCAGUGGUUAUAGUUAUGCUAGUGACAACGUUCCUCAUGGUACCAAUAAUGCUGCUGGUGUGGAAGAGUCACUGGAUUCUUGUCAUCACCUUUAUUGUGCUCUCGUUGAUGGUAGAGCUACCAUACUUCUGGGCUUGCAUAUUGAAGAUUGACCAAGGCGGUUGGGUCCCGCUUGUCAUCGCGAUAGCCUUCUUCAUCAUCAUGUAUGUGUGGCACUAUUGCACUGUAAAGCGGUAUGAAUUUGAGAUGCACAGCAAGGUGUCAAUGGCCUGGAUUCUUGGCCUCGGUCCGAGCCUUGGUCUAGUCAGGGUUCCAGGGAUAGGCUUUGUGUACACUGAGCUGGCAAGUGGCGUACCGCACAUCUUCUCACACUUUAUCACCAACCUACCUGCUAUCCACUCGGUUGUCGUCUUCGUCUGUGUCAAGUAUCUUCCAGUCUACACAGUCCCGGUGGAGGAGCGGUUCCUUGUGAGGAGGAUUGGGCCGAAGAACUUCCAUAUAUUCCGUUGCAUUGCAAGGUACGGAUAUAAAGACCUCCACAAGAAAGAUGAUGACUUUGAGAAGAUGCUCUUUGACUGCCUCACGUUAUUCAUCCGACUCGAGAGCAUGAUGGAUGGUUAUUCAGAUUCCGACGAGUUCAGCUUACCAGAGCAGAGGACUGAAGGAUCGAUCAACACUGCAUUUCUAGCAGACAAAACUGUCAACACAAUGUGCUCCAAUGGUGACCUUAGCUACUCAUCACAGGAUUCUAUUGUGCCAGUGCAGUCACCCCUCGGGGUAAACAACCUGUUGACGUACUCAAGCCAAACCAACCGUACAGUCAGCAACGAAGUUGAGUUCUUGAACCGGUGCAGGGAUGCUGGUGUUGUGCACAUCCUAGGGAACACCAUUGUGCGCGCUCGGAGAGAUUCAGGGAUCAUCAAGAAGAUUUCUGUAGAUUACUUGUAUGCCUUCAUGAGGAGGAUCUGCAGGGAGAACAGUGUGAUGUUCAAUAUUCCUCAUGAGAGCCUUCUUAAUGUUGGGCAAAUAUACUACAUCUGA